GUCUGACUGACUAGUAACCAUUCAAUUAAUCUCCGCCGGCGUUUCUUUAUUAUCGCAUAUCAUUUGUAGGAGCAACUUUGCAAGCUCAUUGUCAGUCAGGCGACUUUCAUUCGUUAUCCAGAAACACCAAAAUUAUCUUUCCCAACUCGAAUAUCCUCACAAUCAGCAAUGCCUUUUCUCGAACUAUCCUCCGAAGUUUCCUUGUAUUACGAAAUUUAUAGAAGUAAAAAGGAAAACCCAUGGAUCUUACUUCUUCAUCCUAUUCUGACCGAUAUGUCAUGGACGACCAGCUUUUCUGCUCAACCUGAAAUCAAAGGAGGCUUUAACUGCAUCGUUUUCGAUUAUAGGAUACAUGGCCGCACGCAAGCUCCGCUUACACCUACCCUCGACUAUUACAUGUUCGCAGCAGAUAUUGCAAUGGGCAUGCAAAAGCUUCAACUUCCACCGGUUCACGUGAUUGCUGUGCAAUUCAGCGCAAGUGAGGUGGCUCUCAAGCUGGCUGCAGUGUUUCCCGAGAAAGUUUUGUCGAUGUUCCUCUGUGGGCUGUGUCCUGAUGUGUAUUCUGAUGCAACAAAUGUCGCAAUGUCCGAAUGCUUGGAAUGCUUGGUCACGCCUGCCGACCCAGAGCAAUGGGAAGAGGGAAUUAUGGCAUUCCAGUAUCUAUACUUCCACAAAGACAAAAACGUUCCCCGGGAUGACGAGAUCAAGAUGAUAGACGAGUGGACUGGCAUUUUCCUUCGACGAUACUCGCCUUCCAAGGCUAAGCGGCUCACAGCAACCGGGUUGCUUGAAAUUGGACGUGAAAUUACGCCCCAAUCGUUCAGAGACAGUAUAAAGCAACCAAUACUUCUUGUACAUGGAGGUGCAAGUGAAGUUUUUCCUGCGAUAGACGCUGCUGAUAGAUUUGAGACUUUUACCAAACGGGACCCAAGAAGUAGAUAUGAAGAAAUUUCAGGUGCUCCAUUGGUGCUAGUCCCAUUGUAUACAUCACGUCUUACAAAGAUGUACCUGGAGUGGAUACGACCUAUCAUUGAUGGACUCGGCGAACAGAAGCCCAAUGUGAUGGACUUUAAAGACAAUCUCGCAAGGCUUUCUUGGCUAUAUGAUAUACCGGAAAUUGCCACCCGGGACCCUUUUGAUAGCUCGAGUUACUACAUGAUAUAUGAUGAUAUGCUGCAAAAGAGAAAGGACAUGCUUGCGUGGGCUGAAGGUAUCCAGGCAGUUGCAAUUACUCUUGAUGGUGAGGAUGCACCCGAAUGGUGGACGGAUGCUUCCCAUGAAGAGAAAACGUCUUGGAAAUUCUCCAACCGACUAGCCCUUUGAUGCUGCUUAGAGUUAUACACAUCUCAAUUAUCCGUUCAACGCAAGCUACAUUUCGUGAUUUUUCUUUCUGUACAAUCGGACAUUUCAUCAUGAGCUGUCAAGAUUUCUAUGUUCGCUCGCCUGAGCUACAACUGUAACAUGUUUUACAAUUCUCUCUUUUUCUUUUUAGCUUUUCAUCACAUUCGAUUCUUCAUAACAAGGCCUUCAUAGCGACCAGUUUAACAAUCUUUACCAAUGAUGUAUUUUUCGUAUCAAAUCUCAUGUUAUUCGAGUUUCUUCAGUCAUUCUUUUUGGGUCUCCUUCCUUCUUAACAUUUGUACUGUCACAUCAUUGACUCGAAUCUCCAUCACGACUUUCUGCGCCAUUCUAUGUACCUGCUUUUGAUUCAUAUUACAUGGGACAUUUUGAAAUCGCUUGAUCCUGGUGAUUUCUUCAUGUUAUCUGGUGAUAUAAUUUGUUCAUGAUGGAUUGUCUCGUUUUCAAAACAAUAGCGUUGGAUAGAUAUGGAUGCCCUUGGUUUUUGUAUGCAAGUAAGAGGUUCAAAUAAGGUUGAUG